ACUCGCUGACGUCACAUCUAGUCGCCGGAAAUCGCGGGCGGUGUGUGUGUCCGCAGAGAAGGAUGGCGGGUCUGGUGAAGAAGACAACCGGCCUGGUCGGCCUCGCAGUGUCCCUCAAUCCACAUGAGCGUCUGAGGAUUCUCUACUCAAAGAUCCUGGCAUCGGUGCAGACAAUGCCACAGGAUGCCGCCUACAGGAAGUACACGGAGCAGGUGGUCACCGAGCGGUACGACCACGUGAAAACGGAGCCUGAUGUUGAAAAGCUGGAGAAGAAAAUAAACUGUGGUCAGAUAGAAGAAGUCAUUUUCCAGGCGGAGUGUGAGUUGAGUCUUUCCAGGAAGAUGUCUGAGUGGAAACCAUGGGAGCCGCUGACUGAGGAGCCUCCUACCAACCAAUGGAAAUGGCCCAUCUGAAGACACCUAUGUAAACUGUAUAUUAUUGUCUGUCUGUGUGUGUGCGCCUGUGAUCCAUACUUUUAACAAAGUGAUGUACAAAUAAAAGUCCUGCAAAUAUUUCCCAA